AUGGGUGAGGUGAACCGCAUUUAUGAAUGUUUAGGUGGAUCUGACACCUGUCCGAUUACUCGUACUGUGAACGGCUACUCGACGGUCCUGGAGUACUGCGCUCUCUCCCCUCUCAGGUCGAGAGGGAUGGGAAAGCCUGUGCCGGAGUUUCAGACGGACAACGAUGCAUACAACUACUACAAUGUAUAUGCAAAGAAGAUUGGGUUUGGAAUUCGCAAAGCUACUUUUGAAAAAUCAAAGAAAGCUUUAGGAGAGAUUCUUUCGAGGACUUUUGUUUGUGAUAAAGCGGGGAGAAAGAGAGCAUCGACUGAAAAUGCAAGUGAAUUGAUUAUCAAUCGUCGUCCGAAAACUAAAGUUGGUUGUGGUGCAAAAAUGAAGAUUAAGCUUACUUCUUCAAAAGCUUGGAAGGUUACUAAGUUCAUUUCUGAGCAUGUUCAUCCUUUAACAAGCCCUGAUAAAGUAAUGCAUUAUCAUUCUCACAAGCAGCGACAUCGAUCGAAGCAUUGCAUUAACCUCAUUGAGUUGUUGCAUGAAGAGGGAAUGAGACCAUCUAAUAUUAAAAAGGUGCUUAAUGUUGGAUAUCAAGGACAAGAUGCUGAACAAGUCACCACACAACAGAUGAUUGAUCUUAUUAGAAAGACAAGAAAGGAAUCGGAUCCAAAUUUCUAUUUUUCUAUGGAGGUCGAUCACUUUGGUACACUGAGAAGUGUGUUUUGGGCUGAUGGUAGAGCUAGAGCCUCUUAUUUAAGUCUUGGAGAUGUAGUUGUGUUUGAUACCACAUACAAGACUAAUCAGUUGAGUAUGCCAUUUGCUCCAUUUACAGGAGUAAACCACCACGGCCAAUCCACCCUCUUCGGUUAUGCAUUGCUUGCCGACGAGCGAGAGGAAACCUUCAAGUGGUUGUUUUCGCAAUGGCUCAAGUGUAUGCAUGGGGUAGCACCAAAGGCUAUCAUAACUAAUCAGGAUGCAUAG